AUGUAUGUAACUUCCAUUGCACAGUGGGUACGUCAGGUCGCCGCCGUUCUGGCCCGUGUGGUCGCCUAUAGUCUGUUACCGCCGCCGGCCAUGCCUCCACCGUCGCCGCCGCAUCAACAGCGCCCUCAGCAGCCUCCCACUUGUGGAGCAGCCCUCGGUCAAGAUUCUGGUCGAGGCCAAACACCAGCCGCCGUCGCCUCAAGUGUGCACCCACCGGGACGCGUUCCGGACAACAAGCAAGGAGGAGGGUUCCGGUUCCCGCCGUGGUCCGGACCAACUCGUCACCUGGCCUGUCACCCCUCACCACAGAUUCCCCUAAUAGGUAACGAUCUUCCUGCCGUCAUGGCACCCUCUAGUAGAUAA